AUGGAUAGCACAACGUUUACAUCGACUACAGAUCAUGGUCAACAAAACGUGACGAUGACUACCCAAACAACGCCCGCCAUUACGACGAAAGCAACGAUACUGUUCAGUAUCGAACUCUCCUUGUCAAUCAUGACAGUGCUCCUUAACGCCUUGAUUUUACGAGCAUACCACAUCGAGAAGAAACUGCAGACCUACCCCAACCGAUACAUCCUUAAUAUCACCGUUUCUGACAUGCUGGUUGGAUUCAUCAUGGCGAUUCGCAGUACUACCGUCCUCUACAACCAAUGGAUAUUCGGACAUGACCUCUACCACGUGUUUAUCGGAGUACAGAACACGCUCCUUGGGGUGUCUGUCCUCGGUAUCAUCGCCAUAUGCGUGGACCGUUACCUGGCAACAACGUAUCCACUACAGCACUUUCAACGACGGAAAAGGAGCAUUGCGGAUAUCGUCAAUGUCAUCACUUGGUUGGUGUCCUCGGCUUUCUGGAUACCUCUGGUGAUAGUCUGGAAUUUAGUGAAGCCCACGGAGUUUACACCUAUAGGCAGAUACAAAAUGAAUUAUAAUGACAAUAUUUAUGUUGUGGGUGCUAUCAGCGUCGCCAGGAUAGGUAUACCAGUGGUUCUCAUCAUUACCUUUUACGUGAGGAUUCACUUCCGAAUCAAAGCUGCUCGUAGCAAACGUCUCUCUGGUAUGUUUGGCAGAAGGGCAAGAAAUACUGGAGACAUGCACACCAGUCAGAGCGAUGACUUGGACAACUGCACCUCUUCAGCAGUUCGACAAGGAAAGAAGCACGAAGAUGGACAUAAUGAAACAACUCUAUCACAGUUUGAUUUGUCUUUAAGUGAUCUGAAGGGAAUGGAGUUUGAUGAGAAGAGUCACCAGGAUAAAGAGGGUCAAGAGAAUGCCAUCAAUAGCCAAGAUGUUGACUCAGAUUCAAAUCAAGGCAACAUCAAGUAUCAUCACGAUGGAAUUGAAGAUGGUGAACAACAAUAUCAGGAUUCUAGUGAUAGCCAAGUGGACAUCGAUACUGAACAACAAAACACCAAGCAACAUCAAUCUGAUGAUGUCCUUGAAGAUGAAGACUAUAAAAACAAGGAUUUUGAUGUUGAACAACCGGAAUUUAGUGGUGGUCACCUGGACAUUGAUACUGACCAAGAAAACACCAAACAGCGCCUUGAAAAUGAGGAAGUUGUUCUUGCAGACUUUUCAAAGAAUUUGCCAAAGCAAAAAAAGGAGAAUGUUCCUUCACGUCGAGACAUAUCGACUCGAACCAUACCUUCAAAGCACUUGCAACCCAAAGGUAACAAGGCAAAGUAA